AUGUUCCUCCACGUUCGUACCCCUAAAUCCGCCAACAGUUGGGCACAAGAUGAUCUCAACUCGUAUUGCAUCACCAUCGAGGAACUAGAGCCUGCCCAAUUCUUUCCAUCAUCGCUAGCCACCGCCGCAAUCGACGCUACAAAUGUCUCGGAUGGGACAUACCAGAUCCUGAGAUUCAUGCAGGCUGCCACCAAUACAACUCGUAAGGCCGAUAUCGACGAAUUCGCUCGUGUCAUUCUCAGCGCAAUCGACUUCGACGACAAACGCGAAUUGGCCAUACGCGUCAGACACCAUAUCUCACUGUUGAUCUGUGGUGAGAAGAAAUCUGCAGAAGUAAAUGUCUGCUUGGCGGAUUGGUCCACGGAGAUAGUCCAUGUACUCCAGGAGAACAAGACUACGAAGAAUCCUCACGAUCCCGAAUAACAACUUAUCGCAGAGGCCAUUGCGGCAUUUCAACGUAACGAUAACAAGCAACAAGACAUGGGCCUCGUCGCACUUGACAAGAUGCAUUACCCUGCAUCACAAUGGUGGGAACGCACGUCACCUUCUACCUUGUUCCCGUCACCAAAGAGCUGAGUAACGCUGUCGCGGGACGUAUCCGGAGUCUGAGACAGAGGUUCAAAAAUGCGAAUGCAAGGUGUCAACGGUGGUGUGGAGAAUCCGGCGUAUAGGACCUAAGCAUUGCAACAAUAUAUCGCGUUCAAGGACCUGGCCAAGAGCUACUGGGACAAGUUUUCC